AUGCCCCAGCACGCGAAGGACCAACCUGCUGGGUUCGCAAAUACCAUUGAGCGAGUGGCCAUCGUCGGCGCCGGCGGUACCAUUGGAUCCCAUAUUGUGAAAGCUCUACUCGAAACCGGAAGACACACGGUGACAGCCAUCUCCCGCAAAGGCAGCGACAACAAACUGCCCGAGGGUGUGCAAAUCGCACCAGUCAACUACGAUGAUGCAGCCACCAUCGUUGCCGCCCUCAAAGGCCAGCAAUUCCUAAUUAUAACUAUGGCCCCCACCGCGCCCCGCGACACACACAGCAAGCUCGUCCAGGCCGCCGCCAAGGCUGGAAUUCCCUACGUGAUGCCGAAUGGGUAUGCCGGCGACAUUGAAAACGUCAAGAUCGGCGAAGACAUGAUGUUAGGACCCAUUGCCCAGGCCCAAAGAGACGAGAUCGAGAGUCUCGGCAUGCAAUGGAUCACAGUGUGCUGUGGCUUCUGGUUCGAUUAUAGCUUGGCAGGAGGAGAGUCCCGCUUUGGCUUCGACUUUGACAAGCGCACUCUCACAGUCUUCGACGAUGGCAAUACCAAGAACUCGACAUCGACAUUAUCCCAGGUUGGGCGCGCCGUGGCCAAGGUCCUGAGUCUCAAAGAGCUUCCCGAAGACGAGAACGACAAGACUCUGACUCUUGCUUCCUAUUUAAAUAAGGGCGUGUAUAUCAAAAGCUUUGUGAUCAGCCAGAACGACAUGUUUGAGAGUGUCAAGCGCGUCACCGACACCACUGAUGCCGACUGGACGAUCACUCACGAGGAUACCAAGAAGCGGUACGCGGAGGGCCUGGCGCAGGUCAAGACGGGGAAUAUGGCUGGGUUCAGCAAGCUGCUCUUUGCGCGCGGCUUCUACCCAGAUGACCCUAGUGAUUUGUCGGCCAAGGCGCAAAAUGAGCUGCUUGGGUUGCCGGAUGAGAGCCUGGAUGAGUCUACCCAGGUCGCGAUCGAUCUUGUCAAGGAGUUGCAGCUUCGUGUGGAGCGGAUGGCGUCUUAG